GGAGCGAUUGAGCGAGGAGCGAAAGUAAAACGAAACGUAAGUUGUUAAUGAAACUCGUGUCGUCACCCACUUUUAUUUAUUUUUCCGAUAGCUAAGCGCAGUAUUUAAUUAGUCUCAAGCCAACUCACUUCAUACAAUUUCUUGUCCUACGUUAGCAGCAAUAUUUUCGAAAAUGAAAAUCGUGAUUUUUGGAUCCACUGGCAUGACUGGCCUCUGCGCAGUCGAGGCAGCCAUUAAAAAAGGCUACCAAGUCCGCGCUUUCGUCAGAGACGAAGCGAGGAUGCCAGCAGAACUGAAGGACAAAGUAGAGCUCUUCGUUGGCAACGUCUUGGAGCCAGACUCCGUGGCUGAUGCCAUCGACGGCAUGGACGGUGUGGUGGUAGCCCUCGGCACCAGAAACUCCUUGGAACCAACCUCAGAUAUGUCUGAAGGCACGAAGAACAUCAUAGAGUCCAUGAGAGCUAAGAAUGUCAAACCUUUGUCUGUUUGUCUGUCCGCUUUUCUGUUCUACGAGCCUGAGAAGGUUCCUCCAAGAUUUGUGGACCUGAAUGAGGAUCACAAGAGGAUGUAUGAAGCUGUGAAGGAUAGCCCUCUCAACUGGAUCGCAGUGUUCCCUCCUCAUAUCGCUGAUGAGCCGAGCCGCGAGGUAACGGUGACCAUCAACCCUACAAGUUCUCCUGGCCGCUCCAUUUCCAAGAGAGACCUGGGCACCUUCCUCGUGGAGUCUCUAUCUGAACCUAAAUACUUCAAAUCUGUCAUCGGUAUUGCUAAUAAGUAGAUAUCUUUUAUUUAUAUGUAUAAGUAGCUGACUGGACUAAGAAGGUAACAGUAUAAGUGCCAUUUACAACUCCAAUUUUUGCGCCGCUAGAGGCGCUGGUGUCGCGUUAAGUCCAUUGACUGUUGUCAUUUAUUGCA